AUGGAAGGGAUGAUGGAUAGGGGUGUGCUUGAUGAUAUAAUAAGGAGGCUGUUGGAAGGGAAAGGAAGUAAACAGGUGCAGCUUUCGGAGGCGGAGAUCCGGCAGCUUUGCGUCAACGCCCGCCAAAUUUUCCUCUCUCAGCCCACUCUUCUUCAAAUCCGGGCCCCUGUUAAGAUCUGCGGUGACAUACAUGGACAAUAUCAAGACCUUUUGAGGCUUUUUGAAUAUGGUGGGUACCCUCCAUCUGCAAGCUACCUCUUUCUAGGAGAUUAUGUUGAUAGAGGCAAGCAGAGUUUGGAAACAAUAUGUUUGCUAUUGGCUUACAAGAUAAGGAGAUUCAAUGUCCGACUUUGGAAGAUAUUCACCGACUGCUUUAACUGUUUGCCUGUUGCGGCACUAAUAGAUGGCAAGAUAUUUUGCAUGCAUGGAGGACUUUCGCCGGAACUAAAACAAUUGGAUCAGAUUAAAGAGAUUGAAAGGCCCACUGAUAUCCCAGAUAAUGGACUCUUGUGUGAUUUGCUCUGGUCUGAUCCAGAUCCGAGGAUACAAGGUUGGUCUGAUAGCGACAGAGGUGUUUCGUGUACUUUUGGACCUGAUGCAGUUGCUCAGUUUUUAAAGGAAAAUGACUUGGAUCUCAUUUGCCGAGGUCAUCAGGUGGUGGAGGAUGGAUAUGAAUUCUUUGCUAAGCGACGACUUGUCACGAUAUUUUCAGCUCCGAACUAUGGUGGAGAGUUUGAUAAUGCAGGUGCUCUUUUGAGUGUUGAUGAAUCUCUAGUUUGUUCUUUCGAGAUAUUAAAGUCUGCUCCAAGCACUUCAAAGUUGCCUCUAAAAAAGCCCCCGAAGAUUGGAGGGAUCUGA